AUGGGGGAUACAUCGGAUGAGUAUAACAGGGUUUGGGAAUAUAAUGAGGCUAUUAGGAAGUCUAACCCAGGCAGUGCAGUAGUUGUGAAAGUAGUUGGGAUUGAAAUCCCCCUCCCCUUUUUCAAAGAAUGCUGCAGGCCAAUAUUGGGGGUAGAUGGUGCUCACCUCAAAGGGCCUUUUCCUGGAAUUCUGUUGACAGCUAUUGGAAAGGAUGGUAACAAGAACAUCUUUCCUAUGUCAUGGGCUAUAGUUGAAGUAGAAAAUGCAAAGACAUGGACAUGGUUCCUAGAGUUGUUGGUGGAAGACAUUGCUUCUGUUGCUCAUACAGUAACAUGGGUUCGUGAAAUUGAAGAUGAUGUGACCUUUAUGUUAGAUAGACAAAAGGGUAUGCUUGAUGCAUUUAGUAAGGUAAUUCUCAAUGCUGAGACAAGUUUCAACAAUGUCUUGAGAGAGGCUAGGGCUAAACCAAGUCUGUCACUAAUGGAGUGGAUUAGACAAUAUGUCAUGAUAAGAUGUUCUGCUAAAAGAGAGGGGUUACAAAACUUUGAUGGUGUUAUAAUGCCCUCUGUUGUGAAAAUGAUUGAGAGGGGUAUGAAAAUUGUAGGAAGCAUGAGAUUAACCCAAGCUGAUUUGCAUGAGUUUGAGGUUGAUCAUGAAGGAGACAAAUUUGUGGUUAACUUAGAAACCAAGACUUGUGGGUGUUAUAGGAGGACUCUAAUGGGAAUCCCAUGCUGGCAUGCUUUAGCUUGUAUAGCAAAGAGAAGGUUGAAUUAUGAAGACUUUGUACACCUUGCCUACCAUGUUGCCACAUAUGCAACUACUUAUACACCUUCCUUUCACGCUAUUCCUGGAUAA